CCAUCCCUGGCCUUCCUCUAACACCAUUGCUUGAGGAACAAGCAAUGGGGGAAAAGCAAAAAAGGGGUAAACUUCACCGGUUUGAAAAAUAAAAACCGAAACGUGGGCAGUGGAAUGCAAAUACAGUUUUUGAGGGUUUUAGAAGGGUUUAUAUCAGAAGCAGAAGAAGCGGUAAAAUUUUGAAGGGUAUCAGCAUCAGUGAUGUCUGCACAAAAGGCAUUGACGAGAUUGGCGACAGCAGCCAUUAGCAUAGGCGCAGGGUUGAGCCUGCUAAACACCUCGCUCUAUACCGUAGAUGGAGGGCACAGGGCCGUUCUGUUUGACAGGUUUAGAGGCGUCCUUGACCAGAGCGUGGGCGAAGGUACACAUUUCUUGGUGCCUGUUCUGCAGAAGCCCUUUAUUUUCGAGAUCCGGACGAAGCCCCGCACAAUUAGCACUGUGACAGGCACUAAGGAUCUCCAGAUGGUGAAUAUUUCCCUGAGGCUGCUCGCCAGACCGGACGUGGCUGCCCUGCCCGACAUAUUCCAGCGCCUCGGCCUCGACUACGACGAGCGUGUAUUGCCCUCCAUUGGCAAUGAGGUUUUGAAGGCCGUGGUAGCGCAGUUCAACGCGGACCAGCUGCUCACCGACCGCCCCUAUGUCUCUGCCAUGGUGAGGGAGGCCCUAGUUCGCCGCGCUAAGGACUUUAAUAUUUUGCUCGAUGAUGUCGCCAUUACGCACCUUUCUUAUGGACCGGAGUUCUCCCGGGCGGUGGAGCAGAAGCAGGUGGCGCAGCAGGAGGCAGAGCGGUCGAGGUUUGUGGUGGCCAAGGCCGAGCAGGAGAGGAGAGCGGCGGUCAUUAGGGCAGAGGGGGAAAGCCAAGCGGCUACGCUUAUUUCGGAUGCCACCGCCGCUGCAGGUUUGGGUUUAAUUCAGCUGCGUCGCAUCGAGGCGGCCAAGGAAAUCGCCGCAACGCUCUCCAGGUCUUCCAAUGUUGUCUACUUGCCUCCUGGUGGCCCUUCCAGCAAUUUGCUUUUGGGGUUGAACGCGGGUAAAUAGGUACACCGUGUCGAUCUUUUUCUAUAAAUGCUCUGAUGAAAACACAAUUUGAGUAAAGGCGGAUUAUGUUUCGAGAUAGCCUUUAUUAUUGGGAAUCCGAUUGAUUUUCCUGAUUAGUAUAGGUCUUUCAAAGGUCAAUUAAUAAUUUUGAUGAAUAAAGGUGAAUUGUUAAUAUAUUUUGAUAUUUCUGAUGAGUAAUGUUCAAAUUGAUAUUUUGAACGAGUAAAUGUGAAUUCUGUUUCAUGCUA